GAUGCGUAUAUAAAAAGAUCAGCACAGUUUUAGUUAGUGAGUUACCGAUCAUUUGGAAACAUGCAAGCUCUAAGCGUUUCUCUUCUACUCUGCCUCCUUGCCAUCGCAUAUGGGUUCCCCGAACCCCAAAUUGUCGGUGGCAAAGAUGCACCAAUCGGCAAGUUUCCUUACCAAGUGUCUCUCAGGAAAGGUGGGAAUCAUUUCUGCGGUGGAUCCAUCAUUGAUUCUCGAUGGAUCCUCACUGCAGCUCACUGUGUCCGAAACGAAAAUAAUCCAAAAGCCAUCACUGUCCAUACUGCAACGAAUCUUUUGAGUUCUGCCGGAGACUCUUACACACCGGACAAAAUCAUCGCUAAUCGUAAAUUUAACAUGCUAACCCUCACCGACGACGUAGCUUUGAUUCGCGUUGACAGAAACAUUGUCUUCAACGAUUUGGUCCAAACAAUUCCAUUGGCUAAAGGAAGCAACACCUACGAAGGAUCAUCCUGCACUCUGACCGGAUGGGGAACGCUUCGAGCGAAUGGAAAUCUUCCAAACAAAUUACAAUACAUAGAUCUGCUUGUUGAAACCCAGGCAAAGUGCAAGAAGGUACACAUACAAGUGAAAGAUUCCCAUAUUUGCACUUUCACCAAAUACGGCGAAGGAGCGUGCAAUGGUGACUCUGGUGGUCCUCUGGUUUCCAACGGUGUACAAAUUGGUAUCGUAUCUUUUGGAAGACCUUGCGGUAUUGGAUACCCCGACGUAUACACAAGAGUGUCUUCUUUCAUUUCCUGGAUCGACCAACAACAAACCUACGUUCAGAACGGAGAAGUUGGUGAAGCACCAGCGAACGCAAUUUACAUUGCUUAAACCAACAAUUACGAUAGCUUAUUAAGUGACAACUUUGUUGCUGACAAAGAUUAAAUGUGAUAUUAAUCCAAAUGUAUUUUAUCUUUUGAAAUUAAAUAUAAAUUGUGUUAUGUUA